CGGACAGACAGCUCAGUAUCCAGCUUCAGUGUUUUCUCUUUGUCCUGCUGUGCCAUCAAGUGGUUUGAAUAGCACUAUUUUGCUCUUUUGUUGUGUUGUGCAAUCAAGUCUGAAGUUCUGCCCCACUGUGUUGUCAAGUCUCAAGUUCUGUCCCCCAUCAAGUGCUUUCCAUCAAGUUCUCCAAGAUCCAUCCAUCCAGUUGUGCUCUUCUCAAGGUUCCAAGUUCUACAUCCAAGAAUUCUGAAUCAAUAUCACCAUGACCAUUGUAGGACUCAAACGUCUACAAAGCCAGAAGUCUUAUUUGGCCAACACCCAAAAGGUCAAGAUUGAAAAGCACAAGUCAUCUAGUUGGCUCCGAGACAUGAAUUACUUCUGUGGAUUGGUGAAGUCACCUGAUUUCACUAAUGAAUACAUUCAAACACAGGCUUCCUUCCUUCGCAAAAGAGGCAAGAACAACAAGAACAGUGGUUGGUUUCCUCAAUUGAACCGUUUGUUUGAUGUUGUGACACAAAAUGAGGAGGGAAUCAUCAUUAGCUUUGACCGGGAUACUUUUAAAUACAAGAGUGAGGAUGACCCUAACAGUUCUGAAGAUUUCUGCAUCAAGUACAGAACGGAGAUUGGGAAACCAUUCUUGCAAUGCAUUGAAAAGAAAACUUCCAAGAUCCUUCAAAUUAUUCACCAUGGAUUGUUUGAUGGAAGACUUGGCCCCGACUUCACCAAGGAUGAUCUCAAAAAAUUCCUCAACAAUUAUGUUUACUGUGACGUCUUUGUGGAGAUGCCUUUCCUUGUCGUUGAGGAGGAUGAUCCCUCGAACUUUGUCUCCAUAAAUGAUUUGGCACCUUUGCCAAAUUAUGUUCGAGCAUGGAUGGACCAAAUUGAUGAUGGAGUCCUUCAGGAAAAAGACAAGUUCUCAACCCGUAAACUUGAAUUCAUUGCGGAGGAAGUGGGAUUGAUCCAACAAGCACUCCAAGAAACACACCAUGGGGACCGUUACCACCUCAAGUUGAAUCAGGCUCAACAACAUCAUGACAAGCUCAAUUCAAAGCUCCAAAAUAUGACUGGGGAAAAUCUUCCCAACUUUCCCUACUUUUUUCUUGAUGAAGGCAAGACAAAACUUCGAUUCAUUGUCUCAUCCAUUGAAGGUGGUGUUGCCACAGUGAACAUUCGAUCCAGUGUUAUCAAUGAUAAAGGGAAGGAGAUUCCACCCAUUCCACAUAGCAAGAUUCCAUCUUUUCUUUCCCAACAAGUCUCAAAAGACAAUGGAAAUGUCACAGAGGCUGAAGCAUUGAAUUUGGUGAUGACUGAAUUUCACAUCGUUUCCAUCACUCAGUUGAGUUUGCUUAUGAACAUUCACCCCAAGUACAGUGAUGUUAUUGAGGUGGACACUGGUUCUUUGUCAAUUGUGCACACCAAUCAACUUGCAGUUCCUAAUGGGAAGCAGAAAAUCCAAGCCAAUGGUGGACAGAUAGUUGUAUCUGGUGAGGGUGAGGUGUAUUUUCCUCCUGGUACAACAAAUCGGGAUUUGCUGGAUUGGAAAAGGGAAGUCAACCAAAGCCAGAAGGAAGUGCUUCGUAUGCAGCUUGAAUUGGAGAAGGACAAGUUUCAAAAAAACCACGAAUUGGAGAAGGACAAGCUUCAAGCACAAAAGGAGAAAAACCGGGAUCAAGCUACCAAGGAGCUAGUAGAGAUGAUGAUGCAAAAUGUGGUGGCUGAAGUGAAGCAAAGCAAUCAAAUUACUGUGGCUGAAGUGAAGCAAAGCAAUCAAAGUUUUGCAAACCAAAUCACAAAUGACGUGAAGCAAAGCAAUCAAAGUACUGCAAACCAUAUCAUGGAAACAGUGGAAUCCCAAGGGGAACAACUGCGAAAAGUGGUUUCAACCAUCAAGAAGGCUCCUCUUCAGAAAGAUGAUUCUUCUGAAGUUCCUUCUCACUUGAGGAAAGCACUGUUUGUUUCAGCUGGAACUGCUGAUUCUGCCAACAAUCUCCAAGCUGGUUCGCCUUCCUGUGGUGAUAGUGGUGUGGAUGGUGAUGGUGAUUCCUCCAACACCAACAUCCCUAGGGAUUCAUCUGGAGGUGUUCCUGCCAUGCCAGUUGUUGAGGAUGUGUGUAGUGGUGAUGAGCAAAGUGGGAUUACUGAUGGCUCCAAUGAGGAGAAAAAUGAUAUGGGUGAAGAAGAAAAUGGCACUACCACCUUUGCCCCUUCUACCCCCAAACCCAAGAAGAAAACUAAAUUCCUUUCCCCAGGUUCAUUGGCUUCAACUAUCUUGUUUUACCCCUUCCAACGUGAGGGUGAAGAGGUUGUUACCAUUGGGAUAGCUGAGUGGGAGAGGAAGGAUCAACCAGGUUUUAUCCAGGUUCGAAAGACUGUGAAUGGACACGUGGUACCUCUUUCAAGAUCCAAAGGGGAACCAUGUGGUAAAUGCUUGAAAAGUCUGAGACGAUCCAAUGGUUAUUGCUGGCACCACAAAAACUUGGGGGAUGCAGAUCAAAUGGAAUGGGUUUCCUAUCUGCAGGAACAGGCUAAGCCACCUGACAAUGGUCAUUUCCAAGAUGUGGUGGACAUUGAUGGCAAGGAAAUGUGUGAUGCCAACACAGUUUAGACUCUCUUGAUUACAGUCCUUCCCAAACGUCACCAUUGUUGGCAAAUCAAUGGCCACGAGCUGUAAUGGCUGGGAUUGGCAACAACAACAUUAUUUAGUGUAACACUUAUAGCUGCUUGAACGUUUUGGGUG